AUGGAGGCUUGCUCCUUGAACUCACCAACUGUAACCACAAUACCCUCUUUAUCCCAAAGUGGGUUUACAGAAAAACCUCUUCUGCGCGGUCAGGUCCUCAAAUUUUCCAAUUCCAAGAGGUACCCACAUGCCAGGAAGCUUGGAUUUCUUCAUAUCAAAGCUCAAGCUUCAGGCACCACAAAGUUCAGCUCAGAGAUAGUUGAGCUAACUUCAAAAGAAGUAGAUCUAAAGGAUGAGAAUCUUGCAUUUGUUGCUGGUGCUACUGGUAAAGUUGGCUCACGAACAGUAAGGGAGCUUUUGAAACUUGGGUUCGAGGUCAGAGCUGGUGUCAGAAGUGCUCAGAGAGCAGAAACUCUUGUGCAAAGUGUUAAACAAAUGAAGCUUGAUGGUGAAGGAACUCAACCUGUAGAGAAGCUAAAAAUUGUGGAGUGUGACUUAGAGAAACCAGAUCAGAUUGGACCAGCAUUGGGCAAUGCCUCAGUUGUGUUGUGCUGCAUUGGUGCGAGCGAGAAGGAAGUUUUUGAUGUUACUGGACCAUAUCGAAUUGACUAUCUGGCUACCAAAAACCUUAUUGAGGCAGCAACGGUUGCAAAAGUUAACCACUUCAUAUUGCUUACCUCUCUGGGAACAAACAAGAUUGGAUUUCCCUGCAGCUAUUCUAAAAUAGUGAGACCUGGUGGAAUGGAACGGCCCACUGACGCUUACAAGGAAACUCAUAAUACUACCCUCUCAAAGGAAGAUACUUUAUUUGGUGGCCAAGUUUCAAACCUCCAGGUGGCAGAGCUCCUGGCAUCCGCGGCCAAAAAUCGUGCUGUUUCUUACUUCAAAGUAGUGGAAGUAAUUGCAGAAACAACUGCUCCAUUGACUCCCUUGGAGGACCUUCUUGCAAAGAUACCAUCUCAACGUGCUGACACUUACCCACCAAAGGGAUUAGGUACUGCACCUGCUACUAGUCCAGAACCUUCUAGGAGUACCAAACCACCAACAUCUCCUACUCUAUCCCCAAGCACUACUGAUGUUGCCACCAAAGCAAGUGAUGCAGAUGCUAGGCCUGCAGCACCCGCAGCCACCACUCUUCAAGAAGCUUCAGAAACCAUUGUAGAGAAAGAAGACAUUGGGACAAAAGUGAAAGAUACAAGGCCGCUCUCGCCUUAUGCUUCAUAUGAGGAUUUUAAACCACCUUCAUCCCCUUCACCCAGUCCACCUAGUGUUCAAAAAGAUAAUGUUGUUGAUGCAGUGUCACUGACCAUUUCAGAUGCUCAAACCAGCACAGUGGAUACAACAACCGCCGUGGAUGAGAUAAAAACAACCUCACAAGAAGUGCUAAUAACAAGGCCUCUUUCGCCUUAUGUUGCUUAUGAGGAUUUGAAGCCACCAAGCUCUCCAAGCCCAAUACCAAGUGGUCCCAAGCAAACACCCUUGGAUGCCUCAACUCCGGUAGAAGCUGUCUCGCAAUCAAGUGGAGUUAACGAUUCCACAGAGGCUGUGAUAAGCAGUGUUGCUGAAGAGGUUUCUCCACAAAAUUCAACUCAUUAUCAUUCACCCUACUAUGUAUAUGACAACUUCAAGCCCCCUUCAUCACCAUCUUCUACUCCUCCAAUCCUAUCAUCUCCUACUCCUACUCCUACUCCUACUCCUCCAAUCUUAUCAGUCCUCUCAGAACCUGUUGCAAAUAAUGGGUCUCCGAUUGAUACCUUGAACAGCACGGUGCAACCUCCAACAGAAGAUGCACAAAGCAACAGCGAGCAACAUACCAAACCGAAGCCAAGACCACUAUCACCUUUUUUCAUGAAUAACCAUAUGCUCUUCACUGCAACAGAGCCGUUGGAGUAA